AUGGAACCUACAGUAAACAGGCCCGCACCCGCCAUCCCAUACUUCACCCCUGCGCAGGUCCCUGCUGCAGGCACAGCAUUCGACCCCCAGCCUGAUGGAACACCUAUACCAAAAUUGUUCCAGCCCAUCAAGAUUAGAGGAACAACAUUCCACAACCGCAUCUUCUUAGCUCCACUGUGUCAAUAUUCUGCAGACGACGGUCAUCUCACGUCCUGGCACAUGGCGCACCUGGGCGGCAUCUUUACGCGGGGUCCUGGUCUUUCUAUAAUUGAAGCCACCGCGGUCCUCCCAGAGGGUCGCAUAUCUCCUGAAGAUGCAGGACUCUGGAAAGACAGCCAAAUCGAGCCCCUCCGCAAGAUAGUUGAGUUUGCCCAUUCGCAAAACCAAAAAAUUAGCAUUCAGCUUGCCCACGCCGGCCGGAAAGCGUCUACCGUUUCGUCGUGGUUACAUGUUGGUCUUGCAGCAACUGAGAGCACAGGUGGAUGGCCAGACAAUGUGUGGGGGCCUUCCACGGUUCCUUUCGCUGACGACUUCCCGGUACCUAAGGAGCUAUCGAAGGCGCAGAUCAAAGCGGUCGUUGUCGCAUUUGUGGAUGCUGCGAGGAGAGCAUUGAAAGCUGGCAUUGACGUCAUUGAAAUUCACAACGCACACGGUUAUCUGCUGUUCUCUUUCUUGAGCCCUAUCAGCAACAGGCGCACAGACGAAUAUGGCGGAAGCUUCGAGAAUCGCAUUCGUUUAACUCUCGAGGUCGUGGAUGCUGUCCGUGAAGUCAUCCCUGAAGACAUGCCACUCUUCCUGAGGGUUUCUGCGACUGAAUGGCUCGAAGAAGUGUUCCCCAACGAACCAUCCUGGCGUGUCGAAGAUACCGUCAAACUUGCUGCCAUUCUGGUCGAUCAUGGCGUUGACUUCCUCGAUGUCUCCAGCGGUGCUAGCCACACAAAAGCCAUCAUCAAAGUCGGCCCAGCAUACCAAGCGCCGUUUGCGCAGGCAGUCAAAGAAGCUGUUGGGGAUAAGCUUGUUGUCGGUGCUGUUGGCGCAAUCACCGAUGGCAAGAUCGCCCAAGAGGUCCUCGACAAAGGUCAAGCCGAUGUCGUUCUGGUUGGGCGGCUGUUCCAAAAGAACCCCGGGACUGUUUGGUCAUUUGCGUCAGACCUUGGCGUCGCGAUCAAGGUUGCCAACCAGAUCGGGUUGGGCUUCGGAUGUGUGGGCAGCACUCCCAAGAAGAUUGACUGGUGA